AGAUCAAGAACAUACCCCCCACAUCUAAAAGAUGGAAAGAUCAAGUGAUAAAGAAGAAGUGUUGUUAUUUGGGACAUGGACCAGUGGGUACUGCAUCAGGAUAGAAUUGGCCCUAAAACUGAAGGGCAUACCCUACAAAUACAUGAACGAAGAUUUAUCAAAGAAGAGUGAUUUGCUCCUCAAAUACAAUCCAAUUCACAAGAAAGUCCCUGUUCUGGUCCACAACGGCAAGCCCGUGGCCGAAUCCCAAAUCAUUUUGGAAUACAUCGAUGAGACCUGGAAUACUCAAGGACCGAGGUUCCUACCAGAGGACCCCUACGAAAGAGCCAAAAUCCGCUUCUGGGCUAAUUACUUCGACCAAAAGGUUGGGCCGAGCAUGUACCCGGUUAUGGCCACGAGAGGGGACGAACAAGUGAGAGCGAUGGAGGAUUUCUGGGGGAUUUGUAAGGUUUUUGAACAAGGAACUAAAAAGGAUUUUCCGGGUAAGUUGCCGUUUUACAACGGGGGGGACAACCUCGGAUUCCUCGACAUCUUGGUGGCGACAUCGUUCGGAACUUAUGAGGCUAUUAACGAAGUUCUGCAUGUCUUCCACGAAGAGAAAAUACCCGAGUUGAUGUCGUGGGCCAAGGCGCUCAAGGGGAAUCCGAUCGUGAUCGAGGCAAUUCCUCCAAAGGAUAAACAUAUUGCCGCCAUAAGGAAAUACUUGAACAAAUAAUAAUAACACUUCUUCACUUAUAUGUAUUAAUGAAGAUUUUGUUUGUUUUAUUUGGUGUGAUGUAAUUAAGAUAUCCUAAAUCAGACCUCUUCUCACAGUUUGGUCAUCAUGGGGGUGUGAUAUUUUGUUUAUAAGGAUUCA